UAGAGCUUUUCCUUUUCUCGUGGGUGUCAGUAGUUGGGGUCUGUGCAUUGUGUUUAAUGCUUUAGGAGGUAAUAAAUACAUGUAGACUGUGCACCAGGUUUCGCUACUUGACUCAGAAUGUACUGCACAUGUAACUGAGAGGACACAUGUAGUGCGAGCUCUAUUAGACUAGCUCGCUAAUCCUAGCCUGCUAGCUAAUGCAGCGAUUACAACCCGAAACAAAGGAGUUACCCUCUGAAUAACACCCGUAAAUCAAACAUUGUCACUGGCAACACAAUAUGGAUCGUCUCACCUCGUUUGGAAAUGAUCCCUUUGACAAGCCUCCUUGUCUGGGUUGUUCUUCAUACCUGGUGGAGCCCUAUGUAAAAUGUGCUGAGUGUGGACCUUCACCUUUUGUCCUCUGCCUCCAGUGCUUCACUAGAGGCUUUGAGUAUAAAAAGCACCAGAGUGACCACAAAUAUGAGAUCAUGACAUCAGAUUUUCCUAUACUAGAGCCUGGUUGGACGGCCCAAGAGGAGAUGGCUCUUCUAGAGGCUGUUAUGGACUGUGGUUUUGGGAAUUGGCAGGAUGUGGCUUACCAAAUGCGCACCAAGACCAAGGAGGAAUGUGAAGGACACUACAUGAAGAACUUUAUCAACAACCCGCUUUUCUCUUCGACUCUACUCAGUCUGAGGCAGGUGGAGGAGGCUCGCAUGCUCGACACUGCCAUCCCAUUUAAACCCACUGAUGAUCCUCCUAGACCUUCAUUUGACUCUCAGCUUUCCAGAGACAUGGCUGGUUACAUGCCAGCUCGUGCAGAUUUCAUGGAGGAAUUUGAUAAUUAUGCAGAGUGGGAUUUGAAGGAUAUUGAUUUUGUUGAUGACGACUCUGAUAUUCUUCACGCUCUUAAAAUUGCAGUUGUGGACAUAUACCAUUCAAGAUUAAAAGAAAGACAGCGAAGGAAAAAGAUCAUUCGGGACCAUGGACUCAUAAACUUGCGCAAGUUUCAGAUACUGGAGAGGCGUUACCCUAAGGUGGUACAGGACCUGUAUGAUGCCAUGAGGCGCUUCGCCAGGGUCGUGGGGCCACUAGAGCACGAUAAGUUCAUUGAAAGCCAUGCAUUGGAGUUUGAACUGAGGAGGGAGAUUCGCAGGCUGCAGGAGUACAGAAGAGAAGGAAUCCAGUCUUUCUGUGGUGCGAAGGUGUACGAGCAGGUGAAGCAAGCACGUGAGGAUGAGCGGAAUAAGAGGAACAUGCUGUGUGAGGUUCUUCAGUACAUUCAUGACAGUCGCGCCUGCCAGCAGUGGCUCCACAAACAGGCUGCCAUUGAUGCUGGCAUUACUCCCAUCAUCACUACCAUCACUACCUCAGGCAGAAGAAGUGCACCCCCUCUGAAUUUGACAGGGUUGCCAGGCACAGAAAAACUCAACGAUCGGGAAAAAGAGCUGUGCCAGGUUGUUCGGCUCGUGCCCGGUGCGUAUCUCGAGUACAAACAGGCCCUGCUGAACGAGUGCCAGCGGCAGGGUGGCCUCCGACUGGCACAGGCUCGCUCGCUCAUCAAGAUAGAUGUAAACAAGACGCGCAAAAUAUACGACUUCCUCAUCAAAGAAGGCUACAUCAACAAAGUAUAACAGGAGUGAGUGCGAGCGCACUGUGCACUUCUGGCAGGCAGAGAGGUGACACACUGCACAUGAGGCUCUGAGGACUGGAGAUUAUUGAUAAAGACAUUUACGUGUUCUGUUUCUACUUUGUGCCACUUUUUUUUAUUAUUCUAUCUUUUUUAAGAAUCUGCUCAUGUGAUACUGUGACUACAAAAGGUUUUUUUUGAUACAAUGUUUUACCAUCUGUCUUGCAUUUUACAUUUCAACUGUUAUCUGUUAAAUGUAUAAUCAUGUGACUUCGUGUUCAGAUGUAUUUAACCACAUAAAUACACCUGUUUUCAAAAUAGAGUGUAAAAAGUGCUUUGAAAGUGCAUUGUAAUUUCUGGACAAUUGUAAGGAGUUUUCUGUCACACACACCCAAACACACUUGUUGAGUAACAUGUUCUGGUUCAGAGGAAAGGACAGCGGCAGCUUCAGGCUGCAUCACACCCAUCUGUGCAGAUAUCUGCAUCAACAUGCUAACAUUCGUUUUAUCAGCCUGAUAAUGAGCACUGCUCAUCAUCUUUCUGUUUUUGUGUAUUCAGUUUUGCCCAGAUGCUUUGUGUAUAUAGUUUAUUUUCCUGCAUUUUGGCUUUGUAAUAUAUAAAUAUGCUCUCCAAGUGCA